AUGAAUAUCGAGAAAGAUAAAAGAAAUAUUCGUUAUGAAUACGAAUUAGAUAAAAUAAAAAAGAAGAAGAAGGACAAUUUAUUAUGUUUGAAUAUAUUGAAUAAUAAGAUAUAUUAUAUAUGUUACAUAUUAAAAAGUAAUUAUAGAGAUACAUUGAAUGAUAUAAACUUAGAAAAUAAGACAGCUAUAGAAUUAUGUUUAUAUCAUUGUAAAUCAUAUAUAUUAUUUUUAUUAUUAUUCUAUCCAUAUCUACAUAAUUACAUAAGAAUUCUAAAAACGAAUGAUUUAAGAUUAUAUAAGAAUUUUUAUAAGUAUAUAUUAAAAAGACGAAAUAAUUUCCAUGUUUUAUUAUUUAAAUAUAAAACAUUGGAAGGUAUCAAAUUAAAAGAUCACCAUGAUAAAAAUUCAAAGGAUAUUAUUAAUUAUAUGGAUAUAUAUAAUAUUAAUAUGUUUAUGAAUGGAGAAUUGGAUAUAGCAGAUACAGAAAAUAAAAAUAAAUAUUUUCAUAAAAAUAAUUAUUUGAAUGAUUUAUUAUUAUUAAAUGUAUAUUUUAAAGAUAUUAUGUCCAAAAAUCAUUUUAUAUGUAUUCUUUUUUCUAGAAUAUAUAUAAAAAAAUAUCACAAAAAGAUAUUUCGUAUACUAUUACUUAUACUCUUUUAUUUUUCUUUGCCAAGAUUUCCUUUUUCUAAAAAUUUCUUCAUUACAUAUCAUAAUUGGAAGAACACAAAUAGAAAUAAAAAUGAACAGAAAGACACAAUCGAAAAUAAAAAUGUAGAGGAAUAUAAAUCGAUUGAAGAUAAUAAGAAGAUAUGCAAAAAUAAUAAGGGAAUAGAAGAUGUAGAACAAAGCCUUUGCACUAGACCACAAAUAUUAUGCAUUAAGAAUGAAGAAGAAAAUGGAGAUAACUUAACAAAUCUUUUAAAUCAAAAAAAGAGUUCAAAAAAAAAAAAAAAAAAUAAAAAUAACAUAUCCUUUUAUUGUAAAAGAAAAUAUUUCAUGACACCUUUCUUUGAACAUGUUAAUAUUCCUACUAUACAUAUUAAUGAUUAUUUUUCUAAUCGCAACAAAAUAUUUAAUAGAGAAGAGUUUAAAAUUGUAAAUAAAAAGAAGAGGAAUAAUAGCAGAAAGAAGAAUACAUAUAAUCCAUAUUUUAAUAAUAAUAAUGAUAAUAUUCCUAGUAGUUUUUUUGAUAAGAUUGGUGGUAAUAAUGUGAGAACAAACCAAGAGAACUAUAUGAACCACUCAGAUAGUAGCAGUAGUGUAUCUAGUGAUCUAAGUGAAGAUAUUUUAUCAGAUAUAGAAGAUGAAAAUACAUUGAGAAAGUUUUUUAAAAAAGAAAUUAAUAAUAAAUAUUUAAAGGAAAAUACUAAUAUGGAUGAAGAUGCAAAAGAAGAAAAAAAUAUAUAUAAUUGUAUAAAUGAGAAAGAAACUUUAUUCAAUGACAAACUAAAAGAAAUUUAUGAUAAGUUCGCUAGAUCUACUAUAACACAUAUGCAGAAUGGUUUUUUUCAAAUGAAUAUAAAUGAAUAUGAUUUAUAUGAUGAUAAUAAUAUUAUAAGAAGAAUAUAUAAAAAAGAUGAGAAGCAAGGAAACUAUAAAUUUGAAAAAGAACCAUAUGUUAAUGAUUUAUGGAUUAAUGUAAUAAAUUUUAAUGAAGCAGAUGAAAAUAAAAAUACAUUAAUACAUAAAGCUUGCUUAGUAGGAAAUCUUAAUAUUAUAUAUGUAUUAUUAUAUUUAAAUGUAGAUCUAUUUGUAUAUAAUCAUAAGAAUGAAUUACCUUUACAUUGUACUCUAUAUAAUUGUGACCAGUAUAUUUUUCUCUUACUCUUACAUAAUACAAUCGAAUGCUUAUUUUUUGUUCUAUUAGAAAGAUAUGAAAACUGGAAAAAUAGUCAAAUAUCUAAAGAACAAAAAAGAAAAGAAAAAAAAAAUAAAAAAAAAAAUAAAAAAAAUAAAAAAAAUAAAAAAAUAAAUAAAAAAAAUAAAAAAAAAAAUAAUAAUAAUAAUAAUAAUAAUUAUGUAGUAAAUUAUAGUAGUGUUAAUAAUGCUGGAAUGUACUCAAAUUUGAAUUAUAAUAUAAAUGAAGAAAAUAAUAUGAUGUAUUUAAUUAAUUCAGAAAGUGAGGAAGGACAAGCAUUAUUUAUAGAUGCUAAAAAAAUGAAACAAGAAAAUAAUAACAAAAAUAAUAAUGUUCAAAGUAAUGAAAAAGAAGGAGAAUAUAAAAAAAAUGAAAUGUAUAAAAAAUAUAUUAGAAAUGGAAAAUUUUUUUAUUUUAAGAAUAUAAAUGCAGAUUUUCUUCAUAAUGUUAUAAAAUUAUAUAUAAGUGUAAUGGUUAAAAUAAUUGAAUUAGGAAAUUUUGAAUUUUUAAAAAUUCUUUUUAAUUACAACAAUUGUGUAUUUUCUUAUAUUUUAUUAAUGAAAGAACUGUUUUCAUUUUUAUGUUCAGUAGCUUGUAUGUAUAACUGUUUAAAUAUUUUUCUCUAUCAUUGUGAUAAGAUUAUUAAGUGGUCUUCAUUUGCCAAAUAUGUGCAGGAGCAAAAACUGGUAUAUUCAGAUAAAAGUAAGAAAAGAAAAAAUAUAUCUUCAUAUGGAACUAAUAAUUAUGACAAAAAUGAAAAUAUCUUAUGUAAUAAUAAAUCCAAUGAUAUUAUUAAAGAUGAAGAAGAAAAAAAAAGAAACGAAUUUCAGAAUAAUAAUCUUUUUCAGAGUGGUCCUUGUAGUACUAUAAAAAAAAAUAAAAUAAAUUGCGAGACAUCGACAAGUAAUUCUUUUUUUGUAAAUAGUUAUGAGAAAAUUGAAAAUGUUCAUCCAGAGGAUUUUUUAAAUACGUUGAGGAGUGUGCCUUCUAUAAAUAAGGAUAUUAAUGAAAGUGGCAACAACGUUGAUGAUAAUAAUAUGAUUGAAAAUAAUAUGAUUGAAAAUAUUAAUAUUGGAUGUGAUAUAUCUUUUAAUAAAGCUCAUUUUUGUUUGAAUGAUAACUAUGUACAUUCAAAUAAUGUCGAAAAAGUGAAUGAUGCAUUAGAAGUUUUAUGUCAAUCAAGAGAGAAGAAAGAAAAUAAGUAUUUUAAUUAUAAUAAUAUUAUUAAGAAACGUAUUAAUAAAAUGAAUGGCAUAGAAAUAUUUUAUUCAAAAGAAUGCUUUAAACAUAUAUUUGUUCCAGAACCAUGUGAUCAUCCAUAUGAAAGAAAUAAAUUGAAAAACAAUAUUCCAGAAAAUUCAACAAGAUUAGAUGUACUAAUAUCUAAUAAGCAUGGUAUUUUAAAUAUAAAUACGUUUGCAAAAUUUAAAGUUACAUGUAUUGAUAGAAAAGCAACAGUGAAUGAUAUAUUGAGAGUACAUGAUAUUUCGUAUUUAAAAUUUAUAUUGAGUAAAAUAAGAAAUUUUAAGAACACAUAUGGUGAUGAUGAUAAUGAUGAUAUAUAUUUUGAUGACUUUUUGGCAAAGGCAAAAAAGAGAUUUAAAAAUUAUUUAUUGACAAAUAAUAAUGAUAAUAAUAAUAAUAAUAAUAAUAAUAAUGAUUUUUAUAACUUUACUAUAGAUAAUGAUGAUGAUGAUGAUGAUAAUAAUAAUAAUGGUGGUAAUAAAGAUAGUCCCAGAGAAAUGAAUGAUGUAUUGGAAACAUUUUAUUUAAUAAAUAAAAAGAAUGAAAUAGAAAAUAAAGUUUUAAAUAAUAUGCAUAAGAAUCAUUUGAUUAAAAAUCGAGAUAUUUAUAUAAACAAAUAUUUAGAAAAAGUUCGUACAUCUUUGAAUGAUAAUAUAAAGGAUGUACCAAUAGUUUCACAUGUAGUAAAAAAUAAGAAAAAAAAAAAAUAUUUAUUUAAAGAAAAAUAUAGGAAUUAUUAUGAUGAUAGAUAUAUUUAUGAAGAUGAAAAAAAUGUGUUUUUAGAAAAUGGUAUAAAAGUGAAUAUAUUUACAGAUGAUGCAUAUUCAGAAGCUAAUAAUAUUAUUUCUAAUAAUAAUAAUAUACUUUAUAAUAAUAAUAUAUAUUUUAAUAACAAUUUACUUUAUUAUAAUAAUAUUCUUAUGGAUGAAAAAAGGAGUAAGAAUACUUUGUUAGAUAAUCAACAUAAUAAUAGUACAUCUAACUCUCAAGGUAAUUUCUUCAAUAUAAAAGAUAAAUUAUCAAGCAAUAAUUUCAGUAGCAAAGGAAAUGAAGAUUAUUUAAAAAAUAAAAAAUCAACGACAAGUAAAUUAGAAAAAUUAUUGCCAGUAGAUAAUGAUACGUUUGUAAAUAAACAUUCUUUUAAUUGUGCUCUUAAUGCUAGUGGGGUUGUUUUGAAAGCUGUAGAUUUUGUAUAUGACCAAAAGAAAAUUUUGAAUUAUGAAUAUGAAAAAUUAAAAAAUUGUAAAGAAUGUAAAAAAUAUAGAAAUUGCAAAAAAUGCAAAAAUUGUGAGAAAUGCAAAAAAUUGAAUAAAUUGAAAAAAUUGAAUAAAUUGAAAAAAUUGAAAAAAUGUAAAAAUUGCAAAAAUUGCAAAAAAUGUAAUCAAUGCAAAACAUGCAAAAUAAAUACCCUCAAUUUUAAUCCUAAUAGUAGAAAGAAAAUAUUUUGUGUUGUUCGUCCACCUGGUCAUCAUUUAGGUACCUUUGGUGCUGCUCAAUUUAAUUUAACAGAUGAAGAUGUUGCAGCAGGUAGCCAAGGAUUUUGUAUAUUAAACAAUGUAGCUAUUGGUUUAGCUUAUGCAAAAUAUUGCUAUAAAGGUUUUGAUCGUAUUGCUAUUAUAGAUUUUGAUGUUCAUCAUGGAAAUGGUACUGAACAAAUUAUAAGAAAUAUAGGAUUAAAAAAAAUGAGAAUAAAUGAAUAUAUAGAUAUAUAUUCUUGGAAAGCAUGGAAAGAUAAGGAUGAUAGAAAAACUACAUUUUUUAGUUCUAUACAUGCAUAUGAUGGAUUUUUUUAUCCAGGAACAGGUUAUGAUGCUGUUGAAUUAGAUCCUUAUAUAAUUAAUGUUACAUUAAAAAAAAAUAUUGGUCCAACUGAAUUUCUAAAAUUAUUUCAUGAUAAUAUAUUAAUACAUCUUUAUAAUUUUAAACCAAAUUUAUUAUUCUUAUCUGCUGGAUUUGAUGGACAUAAACUUGAUUAUGUAAAUAAUGGAUUCAUAAAAAAAAAUACAUCCACAUAUUUUUAUUUAACUCAACUAGUUUUAUCAUUACAAAAUAAAUUAAAUUUUCCAAUAAUUAGUGUUUUAGAAGGCGGAUAUAAUACUUCAAAUGAUAUGGCCUCUGUAUUUAGUCUCUCCGUUUUAGAGCAUGCAUUAUCUUUUUAUUAUAAUGAUAUAAGAUUUAUUAAUAAAAAACGAACAAAACUAAAAGAUAUGCCAAAAAAAAAUAUUUUAAGAAAGAAAAAAAAAUAUAAUGAUGACUUCAAUAUAUGUUAUACUCUAUGUAGUAAAUAUUAUGAUGACUUGAAUAUAUAUUAUGAUGAUUUUAAUAAAUAUUAUCAUGAUUUUAAUAAAUAUUAUAAAAAUUUUAAUAUUAUUAUGAAUAAAAAAUAUAAAUACACUCCUGCUAAAUCCAAUACCCAAAAAAAAAUGAACCAACCAAUUCAUAUAUCUAAUACAAAUAUUAUAGAUCAAGAAAAUAAUAAUAAAAUACAAAACAUUUAUGAAAAACAAAAAAUAUUAAAAGAAACACCUAUUUUAUACUUCCCAUAUAUAUUCAUAGGAAAAGAAAAAUUAAUAAGUAUGUUCGAAAAUUAUUUUUCUGUUUUUAAAGAAAAAACAAAUGAAACACAAGAUUUGAAAUUAAUUUAUAAACUAAUAGAAUAUAAUAAUUUCUUGAAAGCAUAUGAUUUUAAAAUUUUGGAUAUGAAAAAGAAAAUUAACAAAUUUAAAGAUACACAUAAAGCUGUUUUGAAAAAUAUUCUAUCAGAAUCUUAUAAUGAUUAUUUAAAAAUAAAAUAUAUAAAAUUACCAAAUAAUUGUUAUUUCUAUGAAUUAUUAUUACAUCUUCAAAUUAAUAACAUAUAUGUCAGAGGCCAAUAUAAUAACAAUCAAAAUAAUAAAUUCUUUUCAGCAAUCAACAAUCCUUACGAUUUUAAUCAACUCGAUCUUGAAAAUUUUAAAAGACACCCGGAAAAGAAAUUCGAAUUAAUAAAAUUUUGGAACGAAUAA